GUCAAAGUAAAGAGGAAAUGCUUCGUUAAAUGUCAUUUAUUUGAUACCCACUAAGAUAUUUUCGCAAUAAUACAUAGCAGUGAUCUUCUUUGAGUGACAGAAUACGUAUUAAAAAAAUAUCAUCUUCGAAAACUCAAUACAGGGAAUAAGAUAUUAAAUUGUGAUCAUAUAUAUUAAAUAUGAAGAUGUUGAUAAGACUUUUUCAUCUGUUAAUGGUGUGUUGUGUGGUAUUGCUCAUUGCUUGCAUACACGACUCUGAAGCAAAGCGAGGCGGGGGAUCAAGAGGAGGAGGAUCUAGAUCAAAAAGUACAUCAGGUGGAUCUAGUUGGUGGUGGAGUAGCAGCAAUAAAAAAUCAUCUUCAUCAUCCUCGAAAUCCUCUUCGGUGGCUACUGGAGCUCAUGCUCCCGCACCAGCCCCUAAGGCGUCAGCUCCUCAACAUGAUACGAGUAUAAAGAAACAAACUUCCCAACUUAGUCAUCAACCGGCAAGCAAUCCCCACUAUGGAAAUAACCAACAAAAUCCCAUUGGAUGGAACGUACCAGGAAACAAACAAGCUGGCCAUCACCAAACUCACAGCUAUCCUACAGGAAACCAACCACAUGGUUCUUGGCCAAAUUCCGGUCAAUACCCUCAACAACAUGGAAGUUGGGGUACACAGCACGGCAGUUAUGGCAAUCAACAUGGAGGAUGGGGUAAUCAACAACAUAGUGGUUGGGGAGGUCAGCAACAAAGCGGUUGGGGAGGACAACAUGGAGGCUGGAACGGACAACAUAGCGGUUGGGGAGGACAGCAUGGAGGUUAUGGCGGUCAAAAUUAUGGAGGUUGGGGUGGUGGUUAUUCUAGUCCCGGUUAUUCUGGUUAUGGAGGAAUGCAACGAGGUGGAUUUAUGGGCGGAGGCUAUGGUGGAGGAAUGGGAGGAUAUGGAAUGGGAAUGGGAAUGGGUAUGGGAAUGGGUGGUAUGGGUGGUUAUGGAGGUUAUUCACCAUAUGGUAUGCAAAAAAAAUCCGGCUUCUUUAGUGGUGGUAGUACCUUUGGCAACAUUUUAACUGGUAUGGCCAUUUACCAUGUAACUUCUAGUUUGGUGAAAGGGAUCUUUGGUGUAGGACAAAAAAGACCAUACAAUGUGUACAAUUACUACAAUCAACCAGCAGAAGCCAGGGAGGAAAUCAAACUACCCUCUAAUGUCUUAACUAUGUGCGAAGGAAAUUUAACUACAGUCUGUACAGGAGCAACCGCUAUCUGUACCACAAAUAAUACAGUUUUGUGUGUUGUUACCAUGUCGCAAGCUGUCCCUUGUACCGAUGAAAAAGCAAUGUGUGUCAAUACUACUAUACCCUGCGCAGACAAAUCUGAUCCACUUUGUCAAAAUACUACUCAACAACAAACAGAAACAACAGUUAAUUUGCCAUGUUAUACAAAUCUCAGUGUUGAUAUUAAUCUAUUAAAUGAACCUGGAGCUGCCAAGACAGGUGAUGAUUAUCAGUAUUGUGUAACGACUAUGGCUGUAGCGGGACCAGAAUACAGCAAGUGUUCAGACGAGAGCAUUUUGGCGAAAUUUAAUUAUAGGAAUAUUUUGGCAGGAAGCUAUAACUGGAAUCUUACAGUUAUGCCUAUGAUGCGCAAAUAUCAAUCAUACAAUUACGACAAUCCAACACAAACUCCUUCUGGCGAAUUGGUUCUACCAUUAACUGCACUGAUACCGUGUAUUGAUAAUGCAACAGUGAUAUGUGCUCCAGAGCUAGUUACUAUCUGUACCGGCUUCGGUGAAAUAAUGUGCAUAAAACCUUUAAGAGCUACAACUUAUUGCGAGCAAUACAAUACUACAUGCCAAACGACCCAAAUAGAGUGUCAAGAAAACAUAGAACAAGAUAUGUUGUGCCAAAAUAAAACAGAAGAGGAACUAGUUACUAAAGAAGAGAAAAAGUUUGUCAACGUAGACAUGCCUUGCUUUGCCAAUGUAACUCUAGACACCAAUUUGCCCAAUUUUGAUAUUACAACGUUUAACGGUACCAUUCCAGCAUCCGCUCCGAGUAGUUUUAUGUACCAUUACCACUUUUGUCUAAUAACUUUAAGUAUACCAGGUCCUGAAACUGAUAUGUGUUUGGUAAAUGAUGGAAAUUAAUCAGAAUCUUAAGCACACUAUCUAUUAAAUAUAUUUUUGAUUUACAUUUAGAAUAUAUUAUAGAAAUACCUAGUUGUUUAAUAUUUUUAGUGUUUAAUAAAACUAAAUUGUUAGUGAAUGAAUAUUUUGUAGUUAUAAAGUAUUUGUCUUUUAGAUCCAAGCAGAUGUUGAGAGAGAAUUUAUUAGAUUUUACCAUAAUAAUAUAGGUACGAAUACUUUUAUACAAUAUCUGUGCCAAUAAGUAAUAAAGAAUUUGUGUAAAGUACCUGUAAUUAGUUUAACUAGUAUUAUUAGCUACUGAUGUUUGGUGUCCCAAUAAAAUAACUUUCUGUAAUAUUUAUAUACCACCAAAUUAUAAUUAUUCAGAACGCG